UUUCUUUGUUUUUCAGGUGCCCUUAAAUCAAGCAAGGUGCUACAGCUACAUGUCCUAUGGUAUAACAUAGACAUGGCUAACAUGGGUUUAAAAACUGAAUCACUGUCAUGAGGAAGUUCAGAAGUUUAUCCUGUGAAAGAGAAUAUUUGCAGAGAAGUGUUGUAUCUUGGCUUACAAAGAAUGGAGCAGUACAAAGUGUUGAAAGUGCUGGGAGAGGGAUCCUUUGGGAGAGCUCUCCUGGUUCAUCAUGAAAGCAGCAAUCAGAAGUACGCAAUGAAGGAAAUAGGACUUCCAGUGUCGUCAUCCAAUGUAGAAAACUCCAGGAAGGAAGCUGUUCUGUUGGCUAAAAUGAAACAUCCAAAUAUUGUAGCUUUUAAGGAAUCAUUUGAAGCUGAUGGACACCUUUAUAUAGUGAUGGAAUAUUGUGAUGAUGGAGAUCUAAUGCAAAAGAUUAAGCAUCAAAGAGGAAAGCUGUUCUCUGAAGAUACGAUCCUGCACUGGUUUGUACAGAUGUGCCUGGGUGUGAAGCAUAUUCAUGAUAAACGUGUGUUGCACAGGGAUAUCAAGUCCAAGAAUGUCUUCCUCACUCAAAGUGGAAAAGUAAAAUUGGGAGAUUUUGGGUCAGCCCGUCUUCUUGCACACCCAGUAUCAUAUGCUUGCACGUAUGUGGGGACUCCUUACUACGUGCCCCCGGAAGUGUGGGAAAGCUUGCCCUACAACAACAAGAGUGAUAUAUGGUCUCUGGGAUGCAUUUUAUAUGAGCUGUGCACUCUCAGACAUCCAUUUCAAGCCAAUAGCUGGAAACAUCUCAUCCUUAAGAUAUGCAAAGGAUCCUACAACCCACUGCCCUCUCACUAUUCCUAUGAGCUUCAUUACUUAAUAAAGCAGAUGUUUAAGAGAAAUCCCAAGAACCGUCCAUCAGCCACUACCAUUCUUGAAAGAAGCUGCUUGACCAAGCUUGUCAAAAAUUGUCUGCCUUCUGAGAUGGCAUCUGUAUUUGAACAAGCAUUAAAGGAAAACAGGAAACAUGAAGGCAGUGCAGCAAGACCGAAAGGUAACACUGCUGCUGGUGAAAGCUCAAACAUCAGGAAAAUAAAUAAGCAAAGAAAAGAACCCAGUAGCAAAUGUAGCCCCUUGCAACAGGAAAAUAUUACCAAGGAUUUGAGUGAAAACCCACAUAAGCAAGGGAAAUCUGGUGAGGAGGAAACUUCUGAAGAUCCCCCAGGUAUUAUGGAUUUGUCACAUCCUCACAGGAGGCAGUGGGAGAAAAAGAUAUCCAAUACCAUAGUGGAUGUCCUGGAAAACGCAUCCUUGCUUUCAUCCAGUUUUACGUCCGAGGAGAGUAAAGGUGGCUGGGUUACAAACUACAGUGAAAAUAAGCCACGUAAGCAGUGGAACAAGGAAACUCCUCAGACCCUAAUGAACAUUCUCAGUAAUGCAGAUGUCAGCUUAGCAUUUAAAACAUACACGAUUUAUAAACCAGCUUCUGGAAAUAUACUAAAGGGGCCACUUUCAGAUGAAACUGAAGUAUCUGAUGAAUUGGAUGGUGAACUUGAAGCUACUAUCACUGAUUUGGAGAGACUUGAGCCUGAAAGUGAUGAAGAUGACACGGACUUUGAUGAGGAAGAUGACCCAGAUUGGGUGUCGGAACUGAAAAUGAUGCUGAAACACAGUAACUUGAAAGCUUGAAUCUCUGCAAUAAUUGAAGAAGUUUUAUACUUUCUGACAUUUACAAUGCAAACCAGGA